AGGUCUCAAGACAAACCCGUGCCGCAAUGGCAACCCCUUUUCGUUUGCCUCCGGGCAUUUGGGCCCGGACUUUGGGCUACCUCCCCGCGCCCGAGGGCCUGCAAGCCGCGCGCUGCCGGCGGGGUCACCAGCCGCCGCGCUGCCUGGCGCCGGAGUUCAGGGACCUGUGGAUCGGGAAACGCCUCGCGCUGGUGACGCUCGAGGCCCUGAUGCUGGCCGACCAGGACCUGUGCCGCUGCCUCACCUUUGGCCUCGAGAGGCUCCGGGACUUCCAGGUCACGGCCAGUGAUUACUCGAUGUUUCUCCGUUCCAAGGCGCAAGAUGAGCAGCGUGAGGAGCCGGGGCCGUGUGUGCACGUGAGGCAGGGCCCGGUGCAAGCUGUUGAGGCGUGCAACCUCUUCCACACUCUCGAGUGGGGAUCACGCACAAUCAAUUUGCCACCAAAGCUCAUCCACAAGGUGAUGGUGGAGCUGACUCAGCCUCAAGUGACGCCAAAGAUGAGCUUCCUCUGCGAUUUGGGCUUGCUUGGCUGGCACUUUGUCAAGAAGUUGCCCAGCGAGGACUGGGAAGGGAUGUUGUUUGAGAAUAAGACCGAGAAGGUGCCGCUGGCCUUGUUCGACCUCCAUGCGGACUUCGACCUUGCGGGCGGCGACGGCGGUGUGAGUGCAAGGGUUGGCUUCAUCAGCACAGAUCUGGACUUCACGGUAAUGAUACGUCGGUUCUGUGAGUACCCGGUGAGGCGCCGGAUGUCCGACUGUAGCUGCGACACAUGGGAGGAGCUCUGUGCAGCACAGGAGCCCAAGCAGGGAUACCCCGUGAGCAAGCAGCAAGAUGAUGCGCCUUCCGGCGACGUGCCUCGAGGCUCCUGGAAGACAUGCAGCAGCAGCAUGAUUAAUACAGCGCUGUUCGACCAAUGCGUUGUGGACGCACCGGAUCUGAGCGCAGCUUAUGAGCAGGCGAGAAGGCUAGUGAGAACGGAAGAGGUGCCCAAGUACUAACGGAGGCCGAGUCAUUGGUCUUCAAACUGGCCAAAUGGGUCUCGCAUAGAAUUGACUCACACGCUGAGCGUCACGAUGCUCCUUUCGUCUUGAAUGGGCCGAACGCCCAUCGUACACAAUCACCUGCGAGGUGACAGACCUCACAUUCAAAAGCCCAGUUGUGCAGGCGAAGCUUGCGUAGAUGUACAGAUGUACAGUCCACACAAUGCAAACUAAAAGGUGCAAGACAAGCUAGGAACACCCGCAAAACGAGGUAGUGCCAUGACAUACAGGUGGCGUGGUUGAGAUCACAACCGCAUG